AUGGUGAGCCUUACCUUGUGGGCCGUGGCCAACGACCGUGACCACAAGGCUAUCGCCGACGGCACCGCUCUCCCGUCUGAAAGCAUCCCUCGCUUCUUCGGCAAGCACGGCUUUGCCGACACCGAUCCCAAGAAGAUCAAGAAGGACGGCGGCGGCAAGGGUAACUGGGGCGGAUUCGGAGACGAGGUCGUAGACGAGGGCUUCACCUUUACCAACCCCCGUCGUCGCUCCAACAGCAGCUCCAUCUCCCACCAUCACAUUGCCGACUUCAAGACCAAGUUCGAGAUCAACGAGCCCGAGCCCGUCUUUGAAGAGUCCGUCCACGGCCCCCCCGCGGUCGACGACAAUGACGAUGCCCUCUCCAGGACGGACUUUUCCGAGUCCUCGGUGGCUUAA